CUCUUGUAAUUGUUCCUCCUGGACGGCAGGUGGCGCAGGACACAAACUACACUCUCCACAACAACACAUGGUUGUUUGGCAGAACACAGUGGGACGCGUUUUGAGCUAAGAACAGGUUUUAGGUUCUUGUGGGUCGUUUUUACGUGAUGUAGCUAACAUGAGCAGCAGGUUCCCCACGCCGCUUUACUCCCACGCGGGACGCGGAAGCUUCCAGGACGUUUACGAGCCCGCGGAGGACUCGUUCCUGCUGAUGGACGCGCUGGAGAAAGACGCAGAGACGCUGCAGCAGAUGAGCCCCUGCGUGUGCGUGGAGGUGGGCAGCGGCUCCGGAGCGGUUUCUGCGUUUCUGGCGUCGGUGGUCGGACCUUCAGCCCUGUACCUGUGCACUGAUGUGAAUCCAGCUGCAGCUCAGUGCACAGCCAGAACCUCCUGCUGUAACCAGGUCGCCCUGCAGCCUGUCAUCACUGACCUGGUUCAGAGUCUUUUGCCGAGGCUCAGUGGGAAGGUGGAUGUCCUGCUCUUCAAUCCUCCAUAUGUGGUCACUCCUUCAGAAGAUGUUGGCAGCAGAGGUGUGGAGGCGGCCUGGGCUGGAGGAGAGCGAGGCAGACAGGUCACUGACAGGCUCCUCCCUCUGGUUCCUCAGCUGCUGUCCAGUACCGGCCUGUUUUACCUCGUCACCAUCGCUGAGAACAAACCAGAGGAGAUCAUCAGGUUAAUGAGACAGUUUGGCCUGGAAGGAGAAACCUGCUGUUCAACCAGAGCUGUGAAUGAGAGGCUCUCUGUCCUGUGUUUCCAUAGAAACCAGCAAAGAUGACGUUUCCAUCUGGUCCCAGUUGCACGGCUCCACUGGCCACCAGCUCCAGAGCUUUAGGAAAGGCUUUAUGUUCAGCCUCCCUGAUUCUGGCACAAAGACUCUCCUCUGUGUCUCCAAUCAACACCGGAACCGCUUCCUGGACCACGAUGGCGCCGGCAUCAACCUCUUCCUAGAAGAACAGAAGAGAUGUUAUUUUGUGGCUGGACUUUAUAAAAUGUGUAUUUAUAUAAGUGUUACACUUACAGCUACAAAGUGGACAGUACAGCCAGUUAUUAGCACUCUGGCCUGGAGAGCCUGUUGCUGGGCAUUGACCCCUUUGAAUGAAGGCAGUAGAGAGGGAUGGAUGUUCAGGAGCCUCCCUGACAAAAAGAAGAAUUGAGUCAUUUAAACUUAAAUGGUCUAAAAAUAAAAAAAAAAUCCAUUAAACUUUAAUAAAUUAAGA